AUUUCCGGUGCGUUCAUGGUAUUAUUUAUACCGGGACGCCCCCUCAGGCACCGCCGAGACACCUUGUCGUCUAAGCCGCGUGCUGGUGUCCUGGAUUGCCACCUCGAUCUCGAAAUUCACCCUCUGAGAGGUAUCCUUCGCCUGGGAGAUCAAGACCAACCUAGGUACCUACCUAUGCAAGAAUAAUACCCCUUAGGCACAUCUGCGUUCGAUCAUAAUGGUCGCGGGGGCCGAUUCUGGGGCCGCCGCGUACGAUGCGGCCCUCAAACGCCGCCAGGAGAUGAUGGGCGCGUCCGGUCCCACGGCUCUGGUCAAAAACUUCAAGGUGUUCAGGAUCGCGCUGUUCGCUUGCAUCGGCGGUAUCCUGUACGGUUACAACCAGGGCAUGUUCUCGGGCCUUCUCGCCAUGCCCGCUUUCAAGUCUCACAUGGGCGAAUACGACCCCUUCGACGACUCGGAAGAUCAGACAAAGAAGGGAUGGCUCACAGCUAUCCUCGAGCUCGGUGCUUGGGUUGGCACGCUGCUAUCCGGAUUCAUCGCCGAGGCCAUCUCGCGAAAAUACGGAGUCUUGGUAGCAGUAACGGUCUUUGUUGUCGGAGUCGUCAUCCAGGCUACGGCGCAGUCCGGCGGACCUAACGUAAUUCUCGGGGGCCGCUUCGUUACGGGUAUGGGCGUCGGUUCCUUAGCUACCAUCGUGCCUAUAUACAACUCCGAGGUUGCGCCCCCGGAGAUUCGAGGCGCGCUGGUCGCCCUCCAGCAGCUGGCUAUCACCUUUGGCAUCAUGGUCAGCUUCUGGAUAGACUACGGAACCAACUACAUCGGCGGCACAACCCUCGGCUCCCAGAAAGACGCCGCGUGGCUUGUACCGAUCUGCUUGCAGCUCUUCCCCGCCGUAAUCCUCUUCGCGGGGAUGAUUUUUAUGCCCUUUUCCCCGCGCUGGCUCGUCCACCACGGCCGCGAGGACGAGGCUCGCAAAAUUCUAGCCAGCCUGCGCGGCCUCGCUGCCGACCACGAACUCGUCGAGCUCGAAUUCCUCGAGAUCAAGGCCCAGUCGCAGUUCGAGAAGCGCACCGUGGCCGAACACUUUCCCCAGCUGAGAGAGCAGACGGCCUGGAAUACCUUCAAGCUCCAGUUCGUAGCCAUCAAGUCCCUGUUCCAGACGAGAGCGAUGAUCAAGCGCGUCGUGGUCGCCACCGUCACCAUGUUCUUCCAGCAGUGGACAGGUAUCAACGCCGUUCUGUACUAUGCUCCCAGCAUAUUCACUUCCCUGGGCAUGAGCAGCACCACCACGAGUCUGCUGGCGACCGGCGUCGUCGGCAUUGCCAUGUUCAUCUUUACCGUCCCUGCCGUGCUCUACAUCGACCGCGUCGGAAGAAAGCCCGUCCUAACCAUCGGCGCCAUCGGCAUGGCUACCUGCCACAUAAUCAUAGCCGUGAUCGUCGCGAAGAACGCAGACCGGUGGGCUAGUCAAGCCGCCGCCGGCUGGGCUGCCGCUGCUAUGGUCUGGCUCUUUGUCAUCCAUUUCGGAUACUCCUGGGGCCCGUGCUCGUGGAUCAUCGUCGCCGAGAUCUGGCCGCUUAGCUCCCGCCCCUACGGGACUUCCCUCGGCGCCUCGAGUAAUUGGAUGAACAAUUUCAUUGUCGGCCAGGUCACGCCCAUCAUGCUGAGCAGGAUCGGGUAUGGCACCUACAUCCUCUUCGGCCUCUUGACGUUCAUGGGAGCUGGGUUUAUCUGGUUCUUCGUGCCGGAGACCAAGCGGUUGACGUUGGAGGAGAUGGACGUCAUAUUCGGUUCCGAGGGGACAGCGCAGGCUGACUUCGAACGCAUGGAAGAGAUAAACAGGGAAAUUGGGCUCACGGCGAUGCUUCACGGUCUAACCGGCACCGCAAGCAACGUCGACAUGAUGCACGAGAGGAAGGACAAGCUUGAAGAUAGCUAGAAUGUUUGUCUUGGUUUGUCUUGGUUAUGCCUUGGUUAUGGUCGUAGACAUUGAUAUGGUAAAUCAUCACGCCUAGUUUGAAAUUCGGAAUAAGCCUCUGCGUGAGACCCUUGAUUAAAAUCUUCAAAUCUAAAAAAUAUUAAGUCUUAUUACCGAGAGCUAGCUUCGUGAUCGUUUCUCU